CCACUUCAUAUAGGCUUUUCAAACAUCUGAGUUGCUAGGUUUGAAGGUGACUGGCCGUUUGCCUGUGGAACCACUGUUUCAUUGAAGUUGUAGGUGCAAGAAAUGUUUAAGCAUGCAUUGGGAAAUUUGUGGAUCAAAAGGGCUUCUCUGUCCAACAUGGAGAAAGUUGUUCCACUUUUAUAUCUGUGGAGGCGCAGCGUCCACAGUGGACAGGUUAAUUCUGCACCAAGAAGCUUCUUUGGAGUGGAAGAUUUCCUCGAUGAUGAUAACAGCCGCCCAUACACAUACAAAAAGGAAAAGAAGACAAAGAAUCCACACAAACACAUAUCUUUCAAGCAACGGACCGUAGCAUACAUGGAACCUUUUACACUUGAUGUUUUCAUCUCCAAGCGCUUUGUUUCAGCAUCGCUUACACACAGGGUGACAAGUAAGCAGGUAGCAGUUGCUGGCACAAACUCUAAAGACAUCAAGGCUGUUCUCCAGUCUCGAUCAGACAUACCUGCAUGUUUGGCUGUUGGCCGAAUCUUAGCUGAUAGGGCAAGAGAAGCUGAUGUCUACACUGCCUCUUAUACUCCAAGGGAAAGGGACAAGUUUGAGGGGAAGAUCAGGGCAGUGGUUCAGUCUCUCAUAGACAAUGGAAUUGAUAUUAAAGUCUUUCUUGAUUGACUUUUUGAAAAGAAAUUUCUGGUUAGGAAGAGGGGGGGGUGUUCCUGGGAUAGAUUUGGAGUUUGGACCAUCUCAGAGAUGACCCAU